ACGCAAUUUUGAAGGUUAAUUUUGUCUUAAUAAAAAUUUUACUUCCUUAGAAUCUUGUCAAAUUUGGAAGAAUUCAGUGAUCCCCUCCAAGUCCUUCCCUAUCCCCAAAUCACUCUAAUCCCUCAAUCCAAACAAUGCCUACUAGAAUAACGGUGUCUAUAGAAUACUACUUCUGUUGACAAAUCCAAUUCAACUGAACCCUCACUAUUCCGUAUGAGUGAUAAAAGAGCAUAUGGCGGUGGCGGUGGCGGUGGCGGUGGCUUCUUGGAGAAACUCCCGAACAGCAUUCUCCACGAACUGUUGCUGAAGGUGGAUUUAGAUACACUUUGCUCUGCAGCUUGUGUCUCUAAAACCCUCCGCUUCGCUGUAUCUCAAGUGCUCUCCUCUCUCUCCUCCCUCGAUCUCUCUGCAUUUUCUCCUGAUGUCCAGACUCUAAAUCACAUCCUUCAUCGGUUCAGAGGCCUCAAAACCGUCACUCUUGACUGUCUCCGCCUAGAUGAUUCUUCAAUCAGCAGGUUGCUUAACUUGCUUGGAGCACAUGUUCAAGAAUUGACCCUGCUCAAGUGUUCUUCACUUUCAUAUGGAGUUCUUGCUUCCAUUGGACAGUCGUGCCCCAAUUUGAGGGUACUUGCAGUGGAAUUAGCUAGCUGGGACUUGCUUAAAAUAUUCAGGGGAGACCUUGUACCGAUGCUUGGAGGUUGCUCAUACUUGGAGUCUCUAUGUAUAAAAAUCCGAGCAACAGAAUUUUAUCCAAAUGGUUUGCAGUACAUUCAACACUUCCUACCCAAAACUGUAAAAGUUCUGAAGUUGCAGCCCGUACUGGAACGAGAUGUUGUCCAUUUUAUACAUGAACUUGGAGUUGACCAUGAACUUGGAGUUGUCAGGAGCUUCUUGGAGACGUCUCCCAAUUUCAGACUUCCCUUUCCUGGAUCACCUGGUUUUGCAUUGCGGUACUUGUCACUUGUUCUUGACAUUAUAUCCGAUGAACUUAUCAUCUCCAUUGCCAACACCCUUUCUCUUUUGGCCGAGUUGGAUCUUGAAGACAGACCAAGCAAGGAACCUUUCCUGCCCUAUGACUUGACCAACAGUGGGCUUCAGUCCUUAGGCUCUUGUCAGCAGUUGACUAGUCUCUCUCUUAUACGAAGUAGACAGAACCAUCCCGUUUCUUUCAAAAGAAUAAAUGAUAUGGGCAUGUUUCUCCUUGCUGAGGGCUGUGGAGGUCUUGAAUCAGUGAGACUUGGUGGGUUUUCUAAAGUCAGUGAUGCUGGCUUUGCAGCAAUUCUCCACUCCUGCCAGAACUUGAAACAUUUUGAAGUUCACAAUGCAUCACUGUUGUCAGACCUGGCUUUUCAUGAUAUGAUUGGAGCCCCGUGUUCCCUUGUAGAGGUGAGAUUGUUGUCAUGCAGUCUUAUAACUAGUGAAACUGUAACAGGACUGGCCUCUUGUAGUGGUUUAGAGAUGCUGGACCUGUGUGGCUGUAGGAGCGUAGCAGACGCCUGCCUUAGCUCCGUUUCAUGCCUUCAUAACCUAAAUAUGCUAAAUCUAGGAGGGGCAGAUAUUACUGAUAAUGGUUUAGCUGUUAUAGGUAAUUUAUCAAUCACACGGUUGUGUCUUAGAGGCUGUAAGAGGGUAACUGACAAAGGAAUUGCUCGUAUGUUGUGUGGCGGAGGGACAAUGAGCAAGACAUUGUCUGCCCUUGAUGUGGGCUCCAUGCCAGGAAUAUCAGAUAAAACAAUUCUCACCAUUGCUGAAGUUGCUCUUGGGAUUACUGAACUGUGUAUCAGAUAUUGCUUCCAUGUGACGGAUGCUUCAAUGAAAAUAUUGGCUUCCUGGAGAAGUUCCCAAGACACAAGCAAACUACUUCGGAGGCUAGAUCUUUUUCACUGCAAUGGGCUUUCUAUCGAAUCAUUGGGCUUGCUGAAGAAGCCUUCGUUCUGCGGUUUACAGUGGAUUGGUUUUGGGCGCACUCGUUUGACUAGUAAACCAGAUGUUCUGGCUGAAAUUCGCGAGGAACGGCCAUGGUUGACUGUGUGUGUGGAUGGCUGCGAGGUGGGAUGUCAUGAUGGAUGGCAAUUUCAUAAUUCUGAUAAAAAUUUGACUUGAUUCAUGUUAAUUUCUUUUACCACGAGGCAUUCUUCCCAAAAACUGCUGCCCCAUUGCUGAAGUCCAAACGGAGAAAAGAUAUUACUUUCGGCAUGUUCAGACCACGCAACUCAGGAACUGAGGUUGUCCUAUGCAUAUGAUUUGUUGAUGAUUGCGUGCAUGAUCAUCGACAAAGAUCAACUUGCGACGAGACCUAGAGCAACCACAAUCAGCAGCAGACCUUGCAAUUGCCUGUGCAGGCUGGUGUAUUAUGACCUCAGUAUCAUUGGGAGCUAAAAGGCAUGUCUUAGAUUAUUGGCAGACUUCUUUUCUGGUUUUGAAUUAAUAUGUGUAGUUUUUUUUUUUUUUUUUUCCUUCGAAUUUGCCCUUGCCGGUAACUUUUCUAUACGUUCCUGCAGUGGGAAAUUUUACCAGUUUAAUUGUGAAAUUUCACCUA